UUACAAAACCCUGCGAAAGUCUCCAAGAUAUGUCCUAAAGUUUGUAAGAUAAGCUCUAAAGUUGCCAUGGUAAAUCCUAAAGUUUCUAAUAAAAGCCCUAAAGAGGUUAACGUCACCGUUAAAUCUUCACAAAAAGGCAAAAAAAGAGGUAGAAAAACUAAAGCAUGUAAGAACACUAAAACUAAAGCAUGUAAGAAUGCUUUAAAACGAAACAAACUUGGAAAUAUUGAAGGUACACCACCGCCCACAUCUGUAGCCAACAAUGCCACAAUAUCUUGCAGAAGACAAAGUCCUAGAAAGCCAUCUGCUGCUGAAAAGAUAUUAAGAAAUAUUGUCCCUGCUGAUUACAUAUUGCCUGGUCAUAGCUCAGCUCAUCUCUUGACGGCAUCAGCGCUAUUAGGAAAUAGUGUAUCUGAAAGAAACCCUAACUUACAAGAAAUGUCUGCUAAUCCAAUGCUUUCUCAAGCACCAAAUUUAAGAACUACGUCUCAAGAUCAGAAUCUAACUGAAGCAUCCAGCCAUAACGUAACAUCAAUUGAGUCAAAAUCAUUUGAAAACCAGAAGACAUCAAGAACAGACAAUGACAAUAACUCUCAGUUUAUAUCAAAUGAACCAGAAACGUUAUCUGAAAAUAAAAAUGUGACUGUAUUGACUAAUGACAGUGGUGAAUUAUAUAAAUGUGUACCGCUGUUUUCAUUGUCGGAUCUCGUACAAAAAGAAGAAUCCUCAACACCUUUUCUUAAUCCUUACUCUCCUGUCAAGUUACAAAAUACACCGUUAAAAAAUCCCAUCGUCAAUGUGCUUCACCCUAAUAUUUCUACAACUUCGCCAGCAACAAGAAAUCUAAAAACUUCUCUCACAGAUACAAGUUUGACGAACUUAAAUGAUAGUAAAGUGGUCAAUCAAUCACUAGAUAGUUUAAGUGAAAGUUUUGGUCCUUACAUGAACAGAAAUAAUAAUUCUAAAACAUUAAAUCAAGUCGUGUUUGGUGAGACGCCAUCUUUGUCUGACCCGGGAUCAGUACAGUUUAGUCCUAUGAAUGAUGACGUCAUGCUUGGAGCAAGAACAUUAGCGAAAGGUUCAAGCAUAUUUGAUACACCGGUGACAUCUCCAGUUUUAGAUAAAUCAACAACCAGAAGUCCUAUUGUUAGAUCAUUGUGUGGCAGACAUGUUGUGUUUGAAAGGGAGACCACUCCAGAUGAUCAGUCUCAAUCUCUCAAUAUCUUUGCCUCUAUAGCCAGUGAUAUAGAUUGUUUACAUAAAUCACCCAUCGCUUCACUCAGAGUCAAGAAGACUAGAUUACCAAGUAAUGUUUUGAAAGAUAUAAAUAUUGUUCAGACCUUCUUAGGUGGUCUAACUAUUAACCAGUCUACCAUUAGUAACAAUAAUCUCAGUACAAACAUUAAAAUUAAAAAAAGGUUAAAGAAGAAAAUAGCAGGUGAAUGUGGGAAAGAGAAGAUUCAAAAGUUGAUGAAACUCAUAUUUCUUCUCGCAUCCAAUACACUGACAAUAAAUAAACAUCGCAAAUAUAUAGAGAACUUAAAAGGUUCAGAGAUGAAACUAAAUACAGAAGCCAUGGAGACAAAUCGAUCUAAAAUUUCAAAUCCUCAACAAUUGAUUCAUUCAUCCCCACAUAAUAGAAGUACAGUUAAAAACCAGUUGACUACUAUAAGUCCCGUAAAAAGCCGAUUUACUUCUGUUAAAACAACAUGUGCAAAUUUACACUCCACUGUUCAAAAGGAGAAGAGCUCACUCACAAUUCCAUCAGAGUUAACAAUUAGUGAUCAGAAAUCUAAUAUUAAUAAAAAGAAAGUCUCCAGCUGUCAGACAGAUUUAAAUAAAAUCAAACACAGCCAUAGUGGUGAUUCUGUACAUAACACUAUUUUGUGCAUAACUGGUGAACAAAGACUACCAGAAUCAUCAUCCAGUUCUCUGCCUUCCAAACCUGUUGUAUGUAAACAGAAAUUAGAGACUACACCAGAAACUUCAAUACAAUGCAAAGAGAAUGUGACUGGUGAACAAAGACUUUCAGAAUCGUCACCCAGUUCUCAUCCUUCCAAACUGCUUAUAAGUAAACAGAAAUUAGAGACAACACCAGAAACUUUAAUGCAAUGCGAAGACAAUCUGACUUGUGAACAAAGACUAUCAGACUCGUCAUCCAGUACCCAGUCUUCCAAACCUGUUGUAAGUGAACAGAAAUUAGAGACAAAUAGGAGUUGCUCUAAGACCACAACAGAAACUUCAGUGCAAUGUGAAGAGGAAGAUGAGGUGGCGAUUGUUGGAUUUAGUAAUGAAGAUUCUGAUAGUGAAACAAUAUAUGCAAUACCUCCAGAAGCUUGGACAAAUUAUGAUCAGAUAGAGAGUCCUUCAAUGCAGACAAAAUGUCCUCAAAGACAAAUUAAACAAGAAUCUCAGCCAAUUGCUAAAAAUAUCGAUAAAAAUGUGAUUAAACAAUGCCCGAACAGUUCUGCUGAUAUUAAUGUGAACAAUAUGAUCAAAAACCAACAAACACAUUCAGCAGCAGAUUCCGUGAAACUUCUGUCCGUUAAUAAUAAUUCAGCUAAGGGAAACCUUAGUUCUAGUCUGAAUACAAAUUUACCAACGUUGACUGCAUUGUUGAAUAAAAAACCGUUGCUAACCUUUGACAUUCCCAAACCCCAACUACAUCAGCAUUCAACACAGGAUUCUGGCAGUGGGAAACGAACCCGUAGACGACCUGUGAAAUAUGAACCAGAGAUAAAAGAAAUAAAACACCGUCGCAAAAAAUCAAAGAAAACACAUAAUAAAGACUGUUGUUGUACAUGUAGCUAUUCGGAAGAAGAAACUCAGCCAGAAGACAAACCAACGACAGAGAGGAAUAAAGACUGUUUUUGUAGCUUUCUAGAAGAAUCUUAUCCAGAUCUCCUUAAAGACGGAGAAUCAAAAACUAAUGAAGACUGUUUUUCUAAUCAGUUAGAAGAGAUUACCUAUACUCUUAAUCCAAAAUUCCUGGAAGAAGAAGUAUUGUAUAUUGUUCCCUCGGACUAUCAAAAUGGUUCAGAUAAACAAAUUUCUCAAAUACCUAUGAAAGAUAGCCUGUUCGAUGUAUCGCCUAGGAAGAGGAAAACUAAAUCUAUAGCACAGAGUUUAGAAAACACACAACAGAACAGUGGAAACCUUGACGACCAUUAUGCCACAAAUAGGAUUGGUAAUUAUACGGCACCGUUUGUGGUGGAUGACACCGACGGCGAAACCUACGAAAUAUUUAAAUGCAUUUAAAAUUCUUAUAGUGUAUCUGAUUUUAAUUUUCAAAUGAUUCGU